AUGUCUGCUAGCGGCGGCGCUAUGCCGGCCCGCGACAAUUCGAGCAAUGGCGGGGAUACCGAAAUAUUGACGAGAAUUCAUCAAGCUCUCGAAGUCGUGCACAGUCCGUUUUCCGGUAAUGACGCUCGCCGGCAAGCCCAGUCGUUCCUGGAAGAAGUAAAAGAUAUCCCUGAAGCGCCUUUUCAAGGAUAUAGAUUAGCUACCGACAAGAACCAACCCCCGGUUGUUCGCCACUACGCCCUCUCGCUCCUCGAGCAUGCCAUACGCUACCGAUGGUCUACAUAUAACGAAGAACAAGGCACAGCGUUGAGGCAUUGGGUCUUGGAAUUGAGCCAGUCCGUCUCCAAAGAAGACCCAUCUUAUCUUCGCAAUAAGACGGCACAGUUAUGGGUAGAAAUAGCAAAGCGUUGCUGGGGCGCUGAGUGGAUGGACAUGGAUGCCCUUCUUGUUCAACUUUGGCAGAUUCCGGACUCGGCGGUUCACAAGGAGCUUGUAAUGUUUGUUCUUGAAACCUUAUCCGAUGAAGUCUUCACAGGAGAUGACUCGGUAGUGGCUAUGCGAGAAGGCGUCCUUAGCAAAGCAUGCGUCGAGAUAUUCACGCCGACCUCGGUCCUGGUCGAGGCUUUCCCUAAUCGCCAGCCUGGUCCAGAUGUGCGACACGGGCCCGAUGGAUGGCUUGGGCGUAUUUCAGAGUUUCUGAACUACUGCAUCAGUUCUGAAGCCAAGGAUAGUGCGGAUGCCAAAAGCUGUGCAGUCAAAGCCCUUUCCGUGUUUUUGUCUCUGAUGCCAUGGGCUAUCCCAAAAGCAAUAGCAGCAGCGCAAUGUGUCAAUGUUAUGACCGCCGGCCUGGCAUCAGCACACGCUGACAUCCAAAAGGCCUCUUUAGAAGCUCUUCAUGCUCUAUACUGCAGGACAAAUUUCACCGACGGUGAAUUUCGCGACCUCGUAGGCCCAAUGUACAGUAUCGGCUCCGUUGACCUCUGCAAGGGCCUCUACAACUGGGCCUCCGUAGAUCCCGAGGAUAUCGACGAAGACAAGUAUCAGAUUCUCAAGAAGCUAUCAGAGAUGUUAUCUUGUCUGGGAGACUAUUUCGAACGCCAGUUUGCUCAAGUGCCACACGACGCUGCUAGCUCCGAAUUUUUGAAGCUUCUAGUUCAAGUAACAGAGAGUCCUAGCUUAAUGGUUUCGAUACCCAUUCUUGUAACUUGGACCAGGAUCCUCGGCCACAGGAACCUAGGGCAUAGUAACCUAGUGUCCGAAAACAUCGGUCCCCUUCUGGAGAUUUGCAGCUCCAGGCUGGUGCGCUAUGAGAACCUCCCGGAGAGCUCGACUGAUCCUACAUACUUGUUUCUAUUGGAGGACACAGAUACCAUCCCCGAACGGCACGCGUUCUUAGGAAAUUAUCGUCGGUAUAGCUCGCAGGUCAUCGAGCAUAUUGUUCAACUGAAACUUGUGGAUGCAGUCUCCUAUAUCUUGGGCCGUACCGAGCAUAUUCUCCAGAGCCUUUACGAUGGGCAGCCGCCCUUCAACAAACAAUCGUAUUCCAAGCAUUCAAUGCCCGCGUUGAGGGUCGAUUCCCACUUCACCGUAAUCGAAGCCACGUUGAAGGGCUAUGUCAAAUGGAGGAGGUAUCAUGGGCGAGAUCAUGAGCAACAAGUUACUGAAAUGGAGUCAAAUCUCGAAGUGUGGUGUAACAAGUUGCUAGAAAUGACGUUUGAGGAUCCAAUGAUACGAAAGCGAGCAUUGCAACUUCUUGUUUUCUUCUCCACCACAGCGCUCAACAAAAAUGCUGGGUUCAUGUUGAAAGUUCUUGAACACAUUCUCCUCACAUGGCCUGCUCUUGAGCCCGAGUAUCGCGCGUACAACGAUAGUAUCAAGGAUUUACAGAGUGAAAGCAUGAUCGAGCUACAGCGUCUUGCAGCUGAAAUGCCCGACCACCUUUUGGGGGUCUACGAUCAAAUAGAGAGCCGAGUCAAUGAAAUGAUGGCUUCAGGAGCGUUGGAUGAAAAGCGCUCUCUUGCAUACAGAAGUUUCCUCUUCCUUAUCAUACAUCGAGCAAGCGGGAUUGAUACCGAGCCAAAAAUUCAGAAACUGGCUGAAUUUGUUGAUCCUGUCAAAGCCCAGUGGCAGAGUGAUUCGAUUCGAACGUCACUCAAAUCUUAUGCAGAUUUCUGCCAAUAUCUGGGACUUGACAAAGCGCAGAAGUAUCUGGCGAGCAGGCGGGCUCAUGAAAUUAGCGACUGGGGUGCAUGUGAACUAGAUUCAGAAGGCCUGGCACUUCAAAACGAGCUUGAAGAACGGUUGAAGAGCCUCCCUCUCCGGCCGACGAAAUCCUUUUUGGCCUUUUCUGUUGAGCGAUUGGAAAAGUCAUCGCCAGCAUUUCAGGCUUCGUAUGCACUUUGGCAGCAAGGUUUCUCAAACAUCCUCGCGGACUUGCUAGAGUAUUUGAAAUUUGCACACGCCACUCAUAAUCCGGCUAGCUGGGUAGAGCUGCCCACAGAAAUGCGAAGCAUGGUGGACCGCGUUCUAAGCGACAGAUUUUGGCAAGCAGGAAUAUCUGAGGGAAGUAAAGACGACUUUUACGCUCGGGUCGUGGACAAGAAGAAUACAAUCGAAGGGCUCGCCUCAACCAUUCGUGGCUCCGUUCGAUUUGUCAGAGAAACGGCGUACGCCAUCAUUUAUUGCAUGAGCAGACUCGACAUGCAAUUUUACGGUUUCAGCGGCCUCUCUGCCCCUCUAUCGGAAGCCUUGUUCUCAGAUUCUAUAUGGCUUUCCACGCACCAACAGAGUAACUUAUUAAACUUGGUACGUUAUUUGGUCGACGAUUGCCCAGUGGAUUAUAGAGAACAAUUUCUUCCCCAGCUGUUGGCGGCUUGCUUCAGACAAAUGGAUGCCAAGAUCAACGGCGAAUGGGAGAAGAUGGAGAAGCACCAGACCUCAAUUGUGGAUGGGGAAGCUGGGCUUAAAGAAGAAAUGAAGGCCGAGAGCAUUCUUCGACAGGUAACAUAUACCGCGGUCAUGAUGGUGGCAGACUUCCUCGACCCCACAAAAGCCAACUCACCCACUCUGAAAUCCAGAAGCAGCCCGAAGGAGGGAUCGGAAAGCGAGCUAGCAACACCAUAUCCGUCCCUCAGGAAAUUUUGCCUCAUGCGGCAGGAUAUUGUUGAGCCAUUACUAGUAUUUUGCACCCAUGGCAUACGAAUGAGGGAUACUCGAUGUUGCGGGAUGAUCCUUCGCCUAUUCAUCUCUCUGGUGCCCGAAUUUCAGUCGGUUCAAGGCAUAGGGCUCGGCCGGGCCACAGGAAAUGUUCACGAUGGCAGGACUGGUUCGGCACACAUAGAUACCACACCGGUACCCCCAGACAUUGCCUCAGUGAUCAGGGAGUAUAUUUCACAAGAUGUCUUGAAGGCUUGUUUAACAUCGUUUCACGAACAGUACUUUGUUGAAGUGCAGAAGGAGUUGGCUUCAUUGAUUGCUACAAUUGUGGUCUACUACGGUCCACUCACAUCAACGCCAAAGGACGUUCUUCUUUCUUUGCCCAAUGUCAAUCCAGCGGAGUUGGAACGACUCACCCCAUUCAUGGCCAAGCCAGGGUCACAUACUCGCCAACAACGAGCGAUUGUAUUGGAGCUCCUGAAAGACCUGAAAGGAGUCACAGUAUCUGAAAUGGGCAAGCUCGCCAAAACAGCUGGGUUUGGCGGCUCAUCACGCGGCAAAAAAAGUAGCAGAAGCAAGAUGGCACAGGGAUUCAUGAGUGCUUCAACAGAAGCAGAUGACGGUGUUACAAGAGGAAAUGGUGUGCCGGGUCCUCGACGUACAACACCGGACGCCCUGGAAGGCGUAUCAAACCUGUUCGAGGGCUAG